AUGGGUGCAUCACUUCAGCCGCCUCUCUUCUUACCCUGAUGUGCCCAUCACUCUGGAACAGGACAAAAACGCAAUUUCCUGCUCAGCCACAGUCCCUGUGAGUCGCGUGAAGAUGCGCAUUCACAUUGAGCUGUUUCCACCGGAGCGCGGAGCAGCGCGAGGCGGAACUACGUGCGCAGUCCUGCCGUGAAUCACACAUCACCACGGCAACCGGCGGUCACACCGAGUCCCUGUCAGCAUCACCCGGGUCUGAUCACAUCCAAAGCCCACCGGAGAGCACCGGACACACGCAUCCCGGAUUUGAGCUAAAGCAGCUGUCACAUUUGGUUACAAAGCACACAAGCUGAGUCAGUCUGACCUGAGCGGCCUGUCCCCCUGCCAUCUCUCCAGACCAAUCUCGGCAUUUUCAGGCAGCUAAGCAGCCAUGGUGAAGUUAGGCAGCAAUCUGUCUGAUAAACUGGAGAAGCAGCCGUCUGCUGACGACGGAUUUGAUAACAUCCCCCUCAUCACACCCCUGGAGGUCAGCCAGCUCCAGCAGUCGUACGCAGACAGGGUCAUUGUGAAGACAUCAACACAAUAUCAGCUGCAGCAGAAGAGAAAGGACAAGCCUUACGUGCCCAAUAUCAAGAAGCUGAAUAUCAACUUCUACAGUGAUGUUUCAGAGAAAGCCAAGGUCACAGGUCUGAUCAUCACUUUGGCCUUCCUGACCAGCUUGCUCCUCCUGCUCAUGUACAAAGCUAUGUGGUAUGACCAACUUACCUGCCCAGAGGGAUUCAUCCUGAAGCAGAAGCACUGCACCCCAGCCGCUCUGGAGAUGUACUACACUGAGCAGCAGGAGGAGGAGGCGGGGGUCCACGGUGGCACCGGGCUGUACGCAGCGCUCAGCCACCUCAACCAGGUGAAGAAGACCGGACCUGAGCUGCCAUCGGCAUGGUUACCAGUCCCCAGUGCCCUGAACGAGGCCGAUGUAGCCAAACAACGCAGUGAGCUGCUGACAGACGAGCAGGGGGCAGAUAAGUGAGGGGCGAACAGGUGUUAAAGGAGCAAAUGACGAAGGGGAGGCAGUGUAGGUUAUUUUUUGACUGUCCUUUAAAUCAAGUGUCUAAACUGGUGCUCCAAAACCUUUAAGGUACAAUGGCAUGUUAGGGCCAAGUCAGAAAAUAGUUUUAAUUAAGUUGUUAAUUCAAUAGAAUAUAUCUUGAGAUUAUAAUGUACAUUAAAAUAAGUUUAAAAAAAUCAUUAUUCACAAAAAGAAUAUCCAAGUUUCUCCUUUUUUUGUUGUUGUAAUUAUAUAGCCCUGAUAUGCCGUUGUACAAAGGUGUCUGUAUAACUAAUGAAAGUUCAACCAUCAGCUAUGUAAACUACACCGUUACAUUCUGUUAUUACUUAAUUCAAGCUAAUACCUGUGUGUGUGUGUGUGUGUGUGUGUGUGUGUGUGUGUGUGUGUGUGUGUGUGUGUGUGUGUGUGUGUGUGUGUGUGUGUGUGUGUGUGUGUGUGUGUGUGUGUGUGUGUGUUUGUGGUGAGUUGUUGUGGUUGGAGGCAGGAAUGUUAUUAAAGUGUUGGAGAAUGUGCCUGACUUUUACAGUUUAACUGAGGCAUGAGAAAAUCUCUGACAUCUGCAUUCAGUGUGUUUGUAUACCCUCGCGUAUAUACUUUACAUCGGUACAUAUAGAUUAUGUAUCAUAUUUAUAUUUGCAUUCAUGUGUGUAUGCGUAAGCUGUAUGAUUUGUGUAGUUGUUGGAGGUGAGAAAAGCGAGGCAAGAGCUCAGAGUGAGAAGAUAACACGUUUUUAAUGAGAUACAGCAAGUUUCUCCCCAUCACUGCAUCUUGUUAUCUCACACUCAAUUCAUUUAGUUUUAGAGGGUAACGUAUGAAAUCAGCAUUGAAUGUGCUCACAGACAAGGAACUAUAAUUGACCAUUUACAUUUUCUGUCGAAAGGAGUCAAUUUUUCAACUUGUCAUCUGGAGACUGUAAAUUGCAAUUCAGUGUAUGUCUGCAAUUAAAAACUGAAUGAAUGUAUUUUAAAUAGUUUUACACAAUGGUUUUGGAUAGUCUCAUAGUAGUAAAAAUCACCAACUACUACUUUGUCAAUACCAGUAUAUUGAAUGACCCUGAACACUUUCUGAACAAUUUUUCAUUUGAUAACUGUUAUUAUUCUACAUGAUUGUGUGAGCUACUUUCUGUUAUAAUGACAAAAACUUGAGAUCUUUUUAUGUAUAACUGAAAUUACAGCAUUAUGGGAGAUGAUUGUAAAAAAUGGCAAAAUAUUUGUUUUGUUACUAAAUUGUGUUUUUGGUUAAUGUUGCUGCCGCUGUAAAUGAGCAUGUACAGUUUACUCAGAUGUUUGACUCUUCAUGAUCCUUAUAUGAAUGUAUGAAGCAGUGGCUCUAAUCUUGCAGUAGAUUUAAUAAGUGCUAUGAUAUACUACCUAAAGACUUCAAUCGUCUUCACAUGUUUCUAUUUAUUCCAUUAACAGUGUUACGUUGUUAUUUUUUCAAUCCAUUGUACAUCGUUUUAUUUGUAAAUUACAUAUUGUCAUUCAGAAUAUCUCAAAAUAUUCUGACAAAUCUUGUAAUUUGUCUAAAUUGUCUUCUGUCACUUGUUUGAACCAGCUAUUUCUCUUUCAUUAUUUUUGAGUAAAGUAAAACUCUUCAUGUGAGAUCACA